AUGAUGAGAGGAAAUAAUGGAGAUAAUUUUUGUAAAUAAAAUUUAAUAUUAAGUUGGGUUACCUAAGGCUAAUUAAAAUUAAAACAUGAAUUAGAUUAAAAAAAAUGAAAGAACAAAUGAUGAUCAAGCAAAUUAAUAGAUGUAAAAAACUAUACAACAAGUUAUAAAAUAAGAGGAUAAUAAAGAUAAAAAUAAAUGA